AUGUGUAAUGAAUCCGGUGACCCGAAAGUGCUUGGCCACACAUUAAUUGACCACAUGAAUUUUUCAAGUAGAUUGAAGAUGAAAACAAUAGAAGGAAAAGAUUCACAAGCAGUGGUGAAUAUGUUAAUUCGCAGAGGAGAAGAAGAACCGGAUUUUUUUUAUCGUGUUAAGUUGAAUGAGAAAAAUCAAGUUAUAGGCAUAUAUUGGAGAGAUGGAAUGAUGAAAGAAGAUUAUGAUAUAUAUGGAGACGUGUGUGUGUUUGACACGACCUUCAGAACAAACAAAUACAACUUAGUUUGUGCACCGUUUGUAGGCGUCAACAACCACUGGAGUAAUGUGAUGUUUGGAUGUGCCUUUAUUGCUGAUGAAAAAACAGACACUUUUGUGUGGCUAUUGGAAGUAUUUCUAGAGUCUAUGGGAGAAAAAGCACCAGUAACUAUCUUCACUGAUCAAGAUCAGGCAAUGGCAAAUGCUAUUGAACAAGUAUUUCCUCAUACUAGACAUAGAUUAUGCUUAUGGCACCUACAAAAAAAUGCUGUGUCAAGGUUUGGAGAUUUAAAGGCUGACACGACAUUCAAGGACACUUUUAAAAAGUGUUUAUAUGGCUGCUCCAAUGAAGAACAAUUUGAAACAACAUGGUUUGAAAUGAUUCAAACGUAUGGGCUUCAAAAUCAUGAAUGGUUUACAAAUUUGUACACCAUAAAGGAAAAGUGGUGUACAACUUUAAACAAAGAUUUUUUUUCAGCUGGUAUUUUGUCUUCACAAAGGAGUGAGAGCACAAACAAUGCCAUUGGAUUUAAAGGGAACAAAUCAACUACCCUAACAGAAUUCUUCCAUAUAUUUGGGGCAACAGUAGAUCGGUGGAGGUAUCAAGAAGAUCAGAAUGAGUUUAAUUGCGGAAAUUCAAUGCCUAAAUCAGAUUUUCCAAUGGUUGGAAUGAUUAAACACGCGGCAAGUGUUUAUACGCUCACCUUGUUUCGAGAUUUUGAAAAAGAAUUCAAGUAUGCAAUGGGUUGCAUAUCAACUAUUCAUCACAUGGAGGACACUUUCAUUGGUUAUAAAGUACAACACGAAUCAUGGCCAGACCACACUGCAAAACAUGUAGCAUUUGAUCCAUCAACCAAUUCAAUUGCUUGCAAUUGUAGAAAUUUUGAAGAAUCAGGAUGGCUAUGUUUUCAUGCAAUUCGAGUUCUACAUGUACAUUCUAUAAUCAAUAUCCCAGAGAAAUAUAUUUGCAAAAGAUGGACAAAGUUUGCAAAAAGUGAAGUAUGGAAGAGAGUGGAACAAAGAGAAGAUAAUGGUAUUGAAAAAAGAAAAAUCACUCCAUGGCGUUACGAGAUGGCAAGAAAUUUUUACAAUUUGGUUCUUAAAUGUCAGGACAGUGACGAGGUUCUGAGAGCUGCUUAUGCAAGUGCUAGUGACAACAUAAAUAAAGUGCUAGAAGCAGAAAAGGCAGCACAAAAAGAUGCAGCUCAAAAAGAAGCAGAGGAUGUGGCACCUACUUCAUCAUCAUCAUCAUCAAAUGCACUUCUAGAAUAUCCUGGUCAAUUUCCACAAAUAACAGUUCAGAAUCCACCACAAAUAAAGACAAAAGGAAGAAGUAAAAGAAAAAAGGGACACUUUGAGGUCAGAGAAUCAUCAACAGCAGCUAAAGAAUUCGGAACAUUUCCAACAAAACCACAACUAUUUUAA